ACGAUGACGAUGCUUGCUGCCGUGCGACGUCCGUGGAGCUCUCGGUCAUUCCUACUUCUACCGUGCGCCUACGACCUCGCCUCCUAGGCUCUGUAUGAAUGCCUCCUUACUCGUCGACUUCUACGCGUGCCAUUCAGAGAGGACGGACGUGGCACAAUAAUGUCGACGACAGAUUGACCCGGAAGUUAAUGAUGUUGCGACUGCGACGCCUGCACCCGGUGCUCGCAGGAACCAAGUGCACCACCACAGACAGCAAUGGCAGUACCGUUGUGGUGCCUUCACUAGUACAGCGACUCGAGUGGAUGUUGUACAACGCCGCCCAUUCAAUGCAUGAAUAUACACACGAACAAUCCCUGGAACGUCGAGUACAGGCCCUCGUCACGCAGCUGGAGCCAAAGGCAAACCGUGAAGGGAACAACAAGAACAAACGAGACCGAGACAGCAACGAUGACUGUCCAGACAAGAAACGACAGUGCCUUAACCACUUUACUACCGACAGAAGUGUAUUUCUAUUGGAGAACGACGACAACCUCGUCGGACUCGUACUCAGCUUUCUGUCAGGACGGACGGUACUUCGACUCCGCUCUGUCAAUAGGUUCAUGUGGGAAAAUGCACCUAAAAUGGUGAGUACACUCCAUCUCGAGACGCACUCACCGGCUUUACAGCACUUCUCUAGCGGUACACUCACGACGUUGCUGCUCAGUUGCAGCAAACUCACCAGUCUCGUUGUCACCAGCAAGCUCCAAUCUCAUGUCGAGUCCUCUCGAACGAUGGUACAUCGCCGACCUUCCUUCAGUCGACAGGGUAGACUCAAGAACGAUUUACUUGCUGGCGAACUGGUACUCAGAGACAUCACGCGUGCGUUUGAACGAGGAGCGUGUCCCGAGUUGCAGGAACUGGAUCUCGGCUCCCCGCUCGACUAUUUCGCCGAGAGUGACGAUGUACUGAAAUGUCUGGAAGCUUUUUCGAAUGGGAGACGCAAAAGUGCAGGAACACAACGAAGUGUGGCUCCUCUCCGGUAUCUACGACUCGAUUCUACCUACCUGGGCGAUACGCGCUUGAACCGGCUGGCGGGUGUGUUUGAACAGGCUGUAGACGGCAAUAGCGUGAACUGCUUCGGGUCGUUAAAGACGCUGGUGCUGCGAAAUAAUUUCAUUGGGGAGGCCGGUUGCCAGGCGCUGCUGCGAAUGUUGCGAUGUUUGCCAGCGCUCCGUGUACUGGAUGUGAGUGGCAACAUCCUCACGGACCUGGAUGCGCUUGCAAUCGCCGACUGGAUCUCUUGCCGUGCAAAUGAUUUCAAAUCGAUGCAGAAUGGAUGCUCGAGCCACAAAAUCAAGCCAAGCUGGAGAUCGGACACUCCAACAGUCCAGCUGCGCACGUUGCUGCUGCAAGACAACUUCAUCGGCCAGGAGGGACUAGAGGCGUUGUCUGCAGCGCUCAACGCUCGACUGAUCCCGCUGUGAGAUUUAAUUUUUGGGUCAAGCCUUAUUAGUCGAAAUGGUAAAGAAGCAAUUUCAGUUGCCAGUGCAACAAGUGCAUCGUUUUUUGUGAGUGAUCUUUACUGGACUUACAGUGGGAUGGCGAGUGGCGAUUGGCGAGAAAAACGCGCCGUUACGAUCACCUGAAAACCCUGUCAGUUUUAAUCGGUGGCCAUAAAAGCAUGUCAUCCGUUUCGUGGAUAGAUAUAAUUGCACAGGUAAGAUAAGCGGUGUUUGUGUAGAGGAGCGGUUUUUUCACAUAUAAGUUUUACGAGAUAUGGGAAAAACGCGAGAAUCCAGCGAAACAUUUUAC